AUGGAGCAGUUGCUGCAGGCGCAGACGCAACUUAUCCAACUUCAGACUCGAAACAUGCAGAACAACAAUAACACUGGGGGGCCGCCACCACCACCUCCACCACCCCCCGUAGACAGACUUACCCGGUUCUUGAGGCUGCGACCUCCGACAUUCUCCAGUUCCUGUGAGCCCAUGGUUUCAGAUGAUUGGCUCCGGUCCAUUGCCAGGAAGCUUGAUACUGCUCAGUGUACUGAGGUUGAGAAGGUGCGUUUUGCCGCACAUCUGCUGGAAGGUUCCACAGCUGCUUGGUGGGACAACUAUCUGAUUACCUACCCCAAUAUUGAUACCAUUACUUGGGAGCAAUUCAGGACUGCCUUCCGCAAUGCCCAUGUUCCAGCCGGCGCAGUAGCUCUGAAGAAGAAGGAAUUUCGUGCACUUCGCCAGCGUUCCCUUUCUGUGAAUGAGUACUGGGAGGAGUUCAACCAGCUUGCACGCUAUGCACCUGAUGAUGUGGCGACCGAUGCAGCUAGGCAAGAGAAGUUUCUGGAAGGGCUGAAUGAUGAGUUGUCUUUUCAGUUGAUGGCUCUCACCUUCAACAGUUGUCAGGCUCUUUUUGACAAGGCUCUUAUCCUGGAGGGAAAACAAAAGGAGAUAGAAAGACGCACGAGGAAGAGGAACUUUCAUAAGCACAACUCCAACUCAUCUCAGAAGCUUCGCACCUCAUCCCCACCAAGGCACUAUGGUUCUUCUUCCAAGUCUAGCGAACUUAAGAAUCGGAUUCAUGAGUUGCAAGAAAAGGGAUUUAUUCGCCCAAGUUCUUCACCAUGGGGAGCUCCAAUCCUAUUUGUGAAGAAGAAGGAUGGUAGUUUCAGGAUGUGUGUGGACUAUCGUUCUCUUAACAAGGUCACCAUCAAGAAUAAGUACCCGCUACCCAUGAUCAAUGAUCUAUUUGAUCAACUUCAAGGGGCAAAGAUCUUCUUAAAGAUUGAUUUGUGA